AUGCAUGAGAGGCUAUCACGCGCAAGAACGGAGACGUUGUUUACUACACGUGCUUUGCGCCGUUACGAAGAUGAAAGGAACAAAGAAUGUGUCGUUGGUGCGAAGAGUUAUUUUGUGACGACGCUCACUGGGCUUGGUCGGAUUUAUCUUUCGAGUUUGCCCUUGAGCGUAUGGUUGGGGAAUGGCGUCCCGAAACCCUUGCAGUGUGCUAUAGGCGGCAUGAUAUUUCCAUUCAUAACGAGCGAUGGUGGUAGCGACCAAGAUAAUAACUUUGGUGCGCCAGAUGAAGCAUCUUGGGUAGCAACUGACGGCAAUAGUGGGGAAGAUGUCGGUGCUGUAAGCGUUUCAAAUGACUGGUGUACUACAAAUGACGACAUUAUGGGAUUGCCGGAGGCGAGUAAGGCAACGAAAGCAACUCGAUGA